UCCAUGGUGCAGAGGACUGUGUUGAAGGUUGAUAUUUCAUGCCAAAAGUGCAAGAAGAAGCUGCUCAAAGCAGUGACUGGACUAGAAGGUGUAGACAAAGUGGAAGUUGAUGAAGCCAAAGGAACAUUGACGGUAACGGGUGAUGCUGACCCGUAUGAAAUAAUAGUCCGGACAAGGAAAGCUGGUAAACACGCUGAAGUGGUGAGUAUUGGGCCUCCUCCAGCUCCACCAAAGCAAGAUGCCAAGAAGCCCGAGGAAAAGAAGCCCGAUGACAAGAAGCCUGACCAGAAGGCCCAGGCAGAGAUCCAAUAUCCAUACAAUUGGCCCAUGUACCAGCCAAUGCCCAUCAUUCAAGUGGUCCGUUCGGAGGAGCCCAACCCGUCUUGUUCUAUCAUGUGAAUAUAAAUCUCAAUAAUUAGUCAUUGUGAUUGAAGGUUAUUUUGUGUAGCAUAUGAUUUAUGAGUGUUGAGUAACA